UGUAUAUACAUAAACACCAUAUUUGCAGACCCAUUUUAGGGUUUUAUGGAGUUUCCAUGUUUCUUUCUUUGAUUCUCUCUCCUAUUCAAAGUGCUUAUGUUCGCUUACUCGCUAUAAAUUCUCUAUACACUUACUGCUACUCUCUAGGUCUUUUUUGUAGGUAUGGAGAUGGAGGGCUUGUGCUCUGACGUUGCUGUGGUGGAUAGGCUUGUGUGCUCUGCUAUGGAGGCUUUGGUGGCUAAGAGUGUCAUUCUAGCUGCCAAGUCACUUGCUUGCCUUUGUUUCAUGAUGGGAUCUUUGCCAAGUGACAUUGAUGUGCUCCUCAAGGAACCUAAUGCUAUUGAAAGGGUUUCAAUACCUGAUCGUAACAUGGAAAAACAGCCUGAUCCAGAGAUUAAAGAUGCCAGUGAAGCUGAAGUUGAUGACGAGGGCGAUGAUGGUGAGGAUGAACAGAAUGAGGAUCUUGAUGGCAAGGAGGAUAAAUUAUCAGGUGAAGAGGGAAAUAAUGAUGAUGGUGGAGGGGAUCCUGAAGAUAAGCCCGAGGCCACUGGCGAGGGUGUAAGUGAGGAGGAGGACGACGACGACGAUGAUGAUGAUGAUGAUGAUGACGAUGAUGAUACUGAUGACGACGACGAUGAUGACGACGAGGACAACAAUGAGGAAGAAGAGGAGGAAGAGAUUCCCCAGCCCCCUGCUAAGAAGAGGAAAUGAGAACAAUGAGUUUUUUUUUUUUUUUGCAUUAUUUUGCCUUUUUCUUUUGGUGAGUAGGGUGGGAAUUUGGGUUUAGUAGGAACACAGAAAGGGGUGGUUCUUGUUCGGGUUCUCUGUUUGCACAGAGUAGGGAAAUAUGCAGUAUCCGAUAUUAAUGGACCUUGUUUAAGGUUUCUAUUAACAGCUUCUUCAUCAUUAUAUCUUACCUUACAUCGUUAUAUUUUGGAAUAUUUGUCAAAUCAUAUG